AUGCCUGAAAUUGCUGAAGUCGCGAGGAUUGUCCAUUUCCUCAAGCUCACGCUGGUUGGUAAGCGUAUUGCCCAAGCGUCUGCCAUUGAUGACCCCAAUGUAUUUGGCAAGGUCAUAUCCGCUGGUAGCCAAGGCAAAUACUUUUGGCUUACAUUAGAGAAGCCCCCGCAUCUGGUGAUGCACUUUGGCAUGACUGGAUGGGUCCAUAUCAGGGGUGAAAAAACGGCCUACACAAACUACUAUAAGAAAAUGAAAGAAUCGGACCUCGAGCAAUGGCCACCAAAAUUCUGGAAGUUCCAGAUCACCACCGAAGGGGAUCCCGCAGUCGAGGUUGCCUUCACAGAUGCCCGUAGGUUCGGCCGUGUUAGGUUGGUAGAUUGCCCCGGGGAUGAUAUCCGGAAGCACUCGCCCCUCGUGGAAAAUGGUCCGGACCCCGUCGUCGACAAGGAUCGGUUCACCGAGGAAUACCUGCAGAAGAAGAUGAAGACACGUCACGUGCCGAUCAAAGCACUCCUCCUGGACCAGACUAUGAUCAGUGGCAUUGGCAACUGGGUUGCGGACGAGACUCUCUAUCAAGCCAAAAUCCACCCAGAGCAAUAUUGCGACGACUUCAAUGACGAGGAGAUCAGCACGCUUUAUCAGAACAUCCGCUACGUGUGCCAGACAGCUGUGGAUAAGCUGGGCGACUCGGACGAAUUUCCGGACCACUGGCUGUUCAACUACCGAUGGGGGAAGGGGGCCAAGGACACAGCAACUAAGCUCCCCAAUGGCGAAAAGCUGGCUUUCAUUACGGUUGGGGGCCGCACCAGCUGCUAUGCUCCGGGUGUACAGAAGAAGACUGGUCGUGUUGCGCCCGGGGUGAAAGAGGAAACGGUGGAAUCGGCCAAGAAAGACCCGCCCAAGAAGGGAUCAGUCAAGAAGGAAGCUCCAAAACCAAGAAAGCCCUCGCGCAAGGCUCCGCAGAAGAUCAAGGACGAAGAGAAGUCGGAUGAGUCCGACGCUGAACCUCCUAAGAAAAAGAUAAGGAGCAAGGCUCCAGAGAAGGGUAAGAAGAAGCUAUCAACGGCACCUGAAAAGAUACAAGAGGCUCCGGCUGAGGGUCGGAGACGAUCCACGCGAUUAUCAGGAAAGUCAGGCGACGCGCAGACGUCGAGCUAUUGGUGA